AUGUCCAAAAUUGCAGCCACCUUCUCCCGCCUCGUGCGCUUCCAUCCCAAAUCCAAUCCCUCCACAAUCCUCAUCGGCGAGCCAGUCAGCCCCACUCUCGACGUCGGCCUCGCCAUCCACCAAGGGAACGAUGUCCCUGUCGCGCUAUUCUCCGGAUCCUCCGUGCUGAACCCGGGAUCCAAGACGGGCACGACUGAGAGUAUCGCGCGGUUACUCUCGCCUGUCGCCCAGAAUGAAGUCGGGAGUAUUAGAUGCAUUGGGCUGAAUUACGUCUCCCACGCAAGAGAAAUGUCUCUCGAAAUCCCUACCGUGCCCACCCUGUUCAUCAAACCCUCAACAUCCCUCGGAAACCCCUACCCAACAUCCCCGACCAUCCUGCCCAAGAUCACCCAAGCAGACGGAACGGGCGACUACGAGUCCGAAAUGGCGAUUGUAAUCGGGCGCGAUGCGAAGGAUGUUUCGGAGGACGAAGCGCUUGAGUAUGUUCUAGGCUACACAGCCGCAAAUGAUAUCUCCAGCCGCACGAGCCAGAUGAACCAGAGCCAGUGGUGCUUUUCGAAGGGGUUUGAUGGGGCUUGUCCGCUUGGUCCGGUGCUUGUUUCGCAGAAGGUUGUUGGGGAUGUUGGGGGGUUGAGGAUUAGGGGGGUGAAGAAUGGGGUUGUUUUGCAGGAUUGCCAACUGACCGAUCUGAUCUUCUCCGUCCCUAAGCUGGUUAGCUUCCUAUCCCAGGGUACGACGCUACCUGCUGGAACGAUCAUCUUGACUGGGACGCCUCCGGGUGUUGGAGCGGCGAAGAAUCCGAAGGAGUUUUUGAAGGCUGGGGACGAGUUUGCUGUUGAGCUGUUGCCGCAUGUCGGGACGUUGGUUUCGAAGUUUGAGAACCAGAUUUGA